CAGAACUAAAAUCUGUCUUCCUGUCUUCUGGAAAUAGAAAUUAUUGAAUUGUUGUAAACUUGUAAAUUAUUUACUUUAAAAUUCUUUACUUUAUCGUCAAAUAAUGAAUGAAGAAUCUAAUAAUAAUGUCAAAGAAAUUAAGGAACUAUUUCACCAGGAAUACAUAAUUAUGGCUGAAUAUCGAAUGUUGCAAACAGAAAAUUUACAAGGGAUUUAUGUAAUCCCCUCAUACGAAAACUCAUUUUUAUGGUUUGGAGUUAUAUUUGUCAGAGCUGGUUCAUAUGAAGGUGGAAUAUUCAGAUUCACAUUGACGUUACCUGAAAAGUUUCCAGAUGAUGAAGUACCGAUUUUAACAUUUACUCCAAGUCUUUACCAUCCAGCAGUUGAUGCCAACACAGGCACCUUAAACUUAAGUGAAGUGUUUCCACAAUGGGAUCGUAAAAGAAACCAUAUUUGGCAAAUAUUGAAAUAUUUACAUUGGAUAUUUCAUAAUUUGAACAUGAAAGUCCCUUCCAACAUUGAAGCUUCUGCUGCGUAUAAAUCAAAUCGAAAACUCUUCUUGGACAAAGUAAGGGAAUGUGUUGUAUCAAGUAUAGAUCAUGUGUUUGAUGACCCCCCCACCGAAGACAAACACUACAUAACGUUUAAACCAUAUGAUCCAGAAAUCCAUGAUCCAGCAAAGAAUAUGAUGCUUAAACCUCCGAAGCCAAAUGAGGGUCAUAAUCAAGGAAUUUCAUGGGUACAAGCAGGAUCAUAUCAGCCAUUUACAAAAGAAGAAACCACAUAGCCAAGAUCAGAAAUAUAUUCAAUUAAAUUUAAACAAGACUUCAUAAGAAGUAAGAUAAUAAUCCUAUUUAAACAUUAAAAUGCCAUAUGAAUUAACUGUGAUAGUAUCUAAAACAAGUUGGCCUUAAAUAAAGUAAACUAAGAACAAAUAAACUUAUAAAAUAA